AUGCAGCAGGAUGGGAUCAGCAGCGUGAAUCAGCUCGGGGGGCUCUUUGUGAAUGGCCGGCCUCUGCCUCUGGACACCAGGCAGCAGAUUGUGCACCUAGCCAUCAGUGGGAUGAGGCCAUGCGACAUCUCACGGAGCCUUAAGGUGUCUAACGGUUGCGUGAGCAAGAUCCUUGGGCGUUACUACCGCACAGGUGUCUUGGAACCCAAGGGUAUUGGGGGAAGCAAGCCGCGUCUUGCUACACCUCCUGUGGUGGCUCGAAUCGCCCAGCUGAAGGACGAAUGUCCAGCUCUCUUCGCCUGGGAGAUCCAAAGCCAGCUUUGCGCCGAAGGGCUGUGCACCCAGGACAAGGCUCCCAGCGUGUCUUCUAUCAAUCGAGUCCUGAGGGCUUUACAGGAAGACCAGAGAUUACACUGGACUCAGCUCAGGUCGCCAGCUGUUUUGGCUCCAGCUCUUCCCAUUCCCUGUAGCGGUUCUGAAGCUCCCCGGGGCCCCCACCCAAGGACCAGCCACCGGAAUCGGACUAUCUUCUCCCCAGUCCAAGCUGAGGCACUGGAGCAAGAAUUCCAGCGUGGGCAGUAUCCUGAUUCAGUGGCCCGUGGGAAGUUGGCUGCUGCCACCUCUCUGCCUGAGGACACAGUGAGGGUCUGGUUUUCCAACAGAAGGGCCAAAUGGCGCAGGCAAGAGAAGCUGAAAUGGGAAACACCGGCACAAGGCGCCUCUCAGGAUCUGACAAUAUCAAGAGUUUCCCCAGGGAUCGUCUCUGCCCAGCAAUCCACUGGCAGUGUACCCACAGCCCUGCCCGCACUGGAACCACUGGGUCCUUCCUGCUACCAACUGUGCUGGGGGCCAGCCCCUGACAGGUGUUCUGGUGACACCCCACCCCAAACCUGUCUCCGGCCCUGCUGGGAUUGCCACUCGGUCUUCCUUCCUGGGGCCUCUUCCCCCUGCUUAGACCUUGCCUGGCCCUGCUGUGCUGGCCCUCCUGUGCAUCAUCUGAUUGGAGGACCGGGAGAAGGAGCGCCCACCCACUGCUCACACUGGCCAUAA